GGAGGACUCUGCGCCCCGGGGAGGAGGAGGAGUAGGAAGGGGCAGCUCUGCUCCAAUCAGUGGUGGCGGUCUGGGAGGUUGCUAGCGUCCGGCUCCGAGAGUCAUGGCGACCGCAGCGUCUAACCACUACAGCCUGCUCACCUCCAGCGCCUCCAUCGUGCACGCCGAGCCGCCGGGCGGCAUGCAGCAGGGCGCGGGGGGCUACCGCGAGGCUCAGAGCCUGGUGCCCGGCGACUACGGCGCGCUGCAGAGCAACGGGCACCCGCUCAGCCACGCUCACCAGUGGAUCGCCGCGCUGUCCCACGGCGGCGGCGGCGGCGGCGGCGGCGGAGGGGGCGGGGGCGGCGGCGGGGGCGGCGGCGACGGCUCCCCCUGGUCCACCAGCCCCCUGGGCCAGCCGGACAUCAAGCCUUCGGUCGUGGUGGCGCAGGGCGGCCGGGGCGACGAGCUGCACGGGCCGGGCUCGCUGCAGCAGCAGCAGCAGCAGCAACAGCAGCAGCAGCAGCAACAGCAGCAGCAGCAGCAGCAACAGCAGCAGCAGCAGCAGCAGCCGCGGCCGCCGCAUCUGGUGCACCACGCCGCCAACCAUCACCCCGGGCCCGGGGCAUGGCGGAGCGCGGCGGCCGCGGCGCACCUCCCGCCCUCCAUGGGAGCGUCCAACGGCGGUUUGCUCUACUCGCAGCCCAGCUUCACGGUGAACGGUAUGCUGGGCGCCGGCGGGCAGCCGGCCGGGCUGCACCACCACGGCCUGCGGGACGCCCACGACGAGCCGCAUCACGCAGACCACCACUCACAUCCGCACUCACACCCGCACCAGCCGCCGCCGCCGCCGCCGCCCCAGCAGGGCCCGCCGGGCCACCCAGGCGCGCACCACGACCCGCACUCGGACGAGGACACGCCGACCUCAGACGACCUGGAGCAGUUCGCCAAGCAGUUCAAGCAGAGGCGGAUCAAACUAGGAUUUACCCAGGCGGACGUAGGGCUGGCGCUGGGCACCCUGUAUGGCAACGUGUUCUCGCAGACCACCAUCUGCAGGUUUGAGGCCCUGCAGCUGAGCUUCAAGAACAUGUGCAAGCUGAAGCCUUUGUUGAACAAGUGGUUGGAGGAGGCGGACUCGUCCUCAGGCAGCCCCACCAGCAUAGACAAGAUCGCAGCGCAGGGGCGCAAACGGAAAAAGCGGACCUCGAUCGAGGUGAGCGUCAAGGGGGCUCUGGAGAGCCAUUUCCUCAAAUGCCCCAAGCCCUCGGCCCAGGAGAUCACCUCCCUCGCGGACAGCUUACAGCUGGAGAAGGAGGUGGUGAGGGUCUGGUUCUGUAACAGGAGACAGAAAGAGAAAAGAAUGACCCCUCCCGGAGGGACUCUGCCGGGCGCCGAGGAUGUGUACGGGGGGAGUAGGGACACGCCACCACACCACGGGGUGCAGACGCCCGUCCAGUGAACUCGAGCGGGGGAGGGGCAGAGCUCGGGCUCCCCCUCCCCUUCGGUCCGCGGUCUUUUCCCAGGACCACUGUUCCCUCUCUAACUUCUGAUUGUUCUUUUAUUUUUAAUUAUUAUUUUCCCCGUCCCUUAAACAGGAAAAAAAUUAAGGGAAAAGGAAAGCAACUAAGACACUGGACUAUCCUAGAAAAGGUAGCAGGUGUAAUGAUGUGCUUUGACCUUUGCAGGAGAAUACCCAGGCAAUGUCUCCUAGAGAGAGAGGCCAGAGAGGGGAUGAGAGAAUGAGAGAAUGAAUGGGGAAAUGAGGUGAGAUAAGUAGUUGGCAAAACUAAAUUACCAAAAAGAAAAAGAAAAUCCACCAAACCUUGCUAACCACAAUACUGCAGCUCCCUGAUGCCCAAAGUUGGCACAUGCUGCUGUGUUUAUCUGAUGUGGAUCUCCAUCAGGAAAGAGGGAAAAAUACACACCACACGUUCUUUGAUAUGGGCAAAUUUUAACUACACAAAUUUGCACUGCAAGAAAAUUGAAGUUUACAUGAACAAAUACAUAAACAUAUUUUUCUCUUAGUGACGACUGUUAAUUUUGGAAUUGCCUUUUGGGAUUUUGUUUUCUUCGCGUUGCUUUCCUCAGCGGAAAGAAUUGAAGCCAGCUCUUGGCAGCUCUCCAUUUGUAGUGGUUCCGAUGUUGCCCUUGUUCUGACUGCCUGUGAACUUUGCUUACCUUCGAACUCCUUCCAUAUAGUGUAACAUCUAUUGGCUCCUUUCACCAAAGCAAAACCAUUGGCUUCGUACAAAAUAAAUAAUUGUUUGCAUUCAGGAAAUGUGUAUGGUCUACCCACUUUAUCCAAGGCAAAAACCCCGUUUAGAAUAUAAAAAGAGUCAAGUAUUGCUUUUUGUUACCACGCACAACGUAAACUUCAUUUUCAGGCAGUGUUUCUGGAGGAGGUAGGAGAAGGGGGGGAAGAAAAAAAUCGAUAGUGAGUGACUGAUUACUUCAUUCUGAAAAAGCUCAGAGGAAAUGUGAAGGUUAAAUGUAUUUCCAGAGUUGUCCAACAGAAAGAAACUGAUACUUUGAAGAGAACUAGGCAGUUAUGUAUCUUCAGAUAUCCUUGGUUGGUUCUCUGUUUUUAGGCUUAAUAACUUAAUUAUGAGGAAUCAGUUGUGCUGACAGGAGCUGUUAAACUUUGUUCCUCUACUAGGUCUUUUUUUUUUUUCUUUACAUAAAGAAAAUAGCCCAGGAACUUAAUGAUGUAUGCAUAGACUGUUUAUUAGAACACAGAUGCCCACAUGCAUACAUAGGCAGUAGACUGGAUUUAUCCUCACCAGUUCAUUUGUUUAUCAAGUCACAUUUAGGGUCUCACACUAUCUUCUCCUGUAAUUUAUUACAGAAAAUAUCAGUUCAACUUGGACAGCAUUUACCCACUCUUUCAGUAAAGAAACCAAAAGAAGUAGGGGGAAAAUGACCUUUUCAAAUCCUGCCUUUCUCCCCUUUGUUAAUGGUUUUAAGUGCAUUUUUACCUUACUUGAUGGAAAACGGUUGACUCCCAACACAAUAGAAUCUACUAGGAAGCGUAAGGGGGAAAAAAAAACUUGUAAGUGUAUUGAAAAUGAACACCAUUAAACUGUGAUCAGUUAAAAUUUUUAAAAUAAUUAUCAGCACAAAGGGGCGCUAAAAGGGAAGACACUUUUAUUAACCUUAAAAGUUUGAGCCAUUUUUUUUCCUGGUUAGGUGUUAGCUAAAUGUUUAUUUUAAAAAAUAUUAAAUUCUCACUAUCAUAAAGCUAUGGGUCAGCAUCAGAUUAGCAUUGCACUCAGUAGUUAAGGUUUUAGGGAAUAUGCUUUCUACAGUAUUGUCUUUUCAAACACCUGUGAUUGAUUGUUUCAUUCAAUGUUUUUGUAAGAUAAAUGGUGACUUAUAAUGGGCAUAUUUAUUUGCCUGUAUUUAAUUUCCCCCAAUGAAUGUCACAAGGAGAUGGGCACGGAGCUGCUUCAAGACGCAUCAUCCUGCUUGUUCCUGGUGUGUGGGGACUGGCCUUCAGUGAAGCAACCCAGAGCAGGGCAAACAGCCAAUGGUAAAGGCCAGAAAUGAAUUUUCAGAUACUUAUUACCAAGUAGGUAAGGUCAGAAGCUGGAGUUCAGGAGAUGUGUCUAAGGCUCCUCUUGCUCACUCAUAGGCUUGUUAAGAUGAAAGUUGCCACUGAACCUUACCACUAUGUAUAUAUGUUUAAUAACUGUCUUUUGAAAUGCAGAAAUAGUUUAAAUGUUUCUUUGUCUAUUUUUCUUUUUUUCAAUGCUACCCAGGGAAAUAUUUUCAUAUCAUUUUUAAGUGGCUUGCCUCAAUGUAUAUUUAUUUCUUUUGAAGCAAAAAGGUUCUGGAAACUGUUUUUCUGUAGCUUUAAAUGAGUAGGUGAGCAAAAUCUAUAUGGGAUGUAAAUUUUUUGUUCAGUCUCUUUAAAAACAAUUUGUUUUUGGUACAUUUGGUUGUGCUUGUGGGGAAAAUAAAAUCGCAGAGAUCCUUAUA